GAGGAAAUGUGGUACUCUUCAGUCGUGGAGUACUUUUGUUGCCGUCAAGAAGCCCCUUUCGUAAUGGAAUUGUGAUUGGAAACUCUGUGGGUGAAACUACACCUCUCUAGCAUCCUAUUAGCAUUCUAGUGACUAGUUAAGACUUUAGUGCUCAGCAAAUUAUCCUCGCAACCGUUGAACAUCUGGUCCGGAAUCCGAGUAUUAAUGUUGACAAAACCAAAAUAGCGUCGUCGUAGGCAGGCAUCCUGUGUCAGUGUUCCACCAUUGCCGCCAUCAUUUUGGACCAUCAUUCGGUCGUCGGUCUUCCUCGCCCUUCCUCGGCAGGAUCGACUCGGACCUCCAUCAUACCGCCCACCACGGCCACGGCUCCGCUUUCCUCAAGUGGGCCGCAUUCCCCUGAGGCCGGCCGAGAGUCCAUACUCUCACAGCCGCAAUUCAGGCCUCCGUUCCUGAUCUCCUCUAUCAUGGGUAUUCGAGAGGAACAGACUGGACCGCCCAGAACGUCACCCAGCAACGGCCUCUUGGCCUCUCUCCCCAAGUCAGAUUCACAGGCAUCCUCGCAAGACACGCCCCUCGACAUGACGUCAUUGUCAUCCAGCUCGCCGGCCAAGAUGGAUGGGAGUGACCUGCACGACGAUGACCGGGAGAUCGACGUGGAGAAAGACGGGGGCGGCUCCGAUUCCGGGGGCGAGGGUAUGAGCGGCGACGCCUCCGCCCGACGGAAACAAAGGCGCUACCGGACCACUUUCACAUCCUAUCAAUUAGAAGAAUUGGAACGAGCUUUUGCCCGCACCCACUAUCCUGACGUCUUUACUAGGGAAGAGAUGGCUAUGAAGAUCGGUUUGACCGAGGCUCGCAUUCAGGUCUGGUUCCAAAAUCGACGGGCCAAGUGGAGGAAGCAAGAAAAGGUCGGACCAAACGGUCACCCUUUCACCCCUUACGGACCUCCCGGAGGCCACCUUGGUUUACCGGGCACACAUAUGCCCCAAGGACCCUUGCACCCCACCCUCGGAGGCCCAUUUGCCUCGUUGAGUUACAUGGCUGCGGCAGCCGCCGGGAGGAAGCCUUUCGAAGGCCCUGGCAGUCCUCUCCUCCCAACGUCAGGGGUACCCCGGUUACCCCCUCAUUUGGCCUUGUCCAAUGCCCUGGGGCUUCGGCAUCCUCACCACCCAGCUUUAAAUUCCGCCCCUCCUGGUCUUUUCCCGCCGGGUGCCGGAAUGCAUCCAGCCGCCUUGGCUGCUGUCAGUUUGGCCAUGGCCACCCCGACCUCGUGUGGAACGGACGUGCAUUCGCCCUCGUUCCAGAGCGUCUUGGCCAGUCUCAGUGCUUACCGCCCGAAAAUGCCCUCGGGCUCGCCUCCCAACCUACCCCAUGCGCCCGACUAUUCGGCUCUCUUUCGUUUGCAACAAGCUGUCUCAGCUGGGUCAUCUCAAUUUCUGACCCCGUCAUCAAGUGGACACACCGGGCACUCUAGCCACGCGACCAGCCUCCCGUCCAGCUCCCCUACGACCUCGGGCCCACGCUCAAGAGCGUCCUCGCCCCAUGAAACCCCGACGGCAGGAUCGCCGUUGGGUAGUGAUAAUUCUAAAUCGGCGGAUGACCUUCGCAUUGAUAGCUUGAACGCCUUACGCAUGAAGGCACGCCAGCACGAACUAAAGCUGGAGAUUCUCAAGAAGAUGGAAAGUUGAAACGAAGGACAAAGUCUUGAUUGGCUCGACCUGAUCUCACAAUCCAAUUUUGUUGAUUCUCGAAAUGAUUGUUUUACUUUGAAAUGAACGACAAUGAGGAUGUCCUCUUGACCAAUGGUUGUAGAACGUCGGAUUUAAGGCAGACACCCUUACUUGAAGGAGUUCAGUUCAUCUCAUUUGCUUGUUAAGAUUCACCACACAUCUCAUCGUGAAGAGGAUCUCCUUUCACUCUCACUCCCCUAUUCGCGACAGUACCGUUCUAUCUUGCCUUCGUUAUUCUAUGGAUUAAAUUGUUUCCUUGUCGCUCUGUUCAUCAGGCAUGAUCUACCAAGAUUAUUUAGUAUACGUGUGACUCUCCACUUGAUGAUAUUUAGCGCAAAUAAAUGUGGAUAUUCAAUUGUGAUUUAGA